AUGCAGAACGCAGUGCCGUCCAACAUGAACAUGGAAAAACGGAUUGACCAUUUGAAGUCAUUCUCUAGCAACAUCGCGGGGAUGGUCUACGAGUUGAAAGACUUGAUAAAAAUUCACGAAAUUUUAAUUUAUAAGGAAAAACUCAGGAGCACCAAAAAGGAGCAGCUCCAGAAGCACGAGGAUGAUCUCAUGGCCCUCAAGCUGGACCUCGAAUCCAUCAAAAAGGAAAAUGAAGAUAUGGAUGGACAGCUGAGAAAAAUAGAGAUGAAAAAAGAUAUCGACGAAAUGAAGAACAAAUGCAGCAAAUCUCUAAAUCAGAAGCCUCUCCUUGAUCACAACCUUUCGAAACUAGCAAAGCAGAAGCAGGGAAGUGGGGCGCAGGUCUCCACGAACAGAGCGAAUAGGUUAAGUGAGCAUCCAGUCAAAGUGCGGAAGGAAAACACAAAAGGAGUGAUCGAAGAAUCCGGGAAAGAGCGUACUACCGCGUCGCAUAGAGGAUUACGAUACGAGCCGAACAGCGAAGCAAACCGUGUGUUAGAAGGAUUGUGUAAUUAA